CCCUGCCCGCCCGGAGUGAGAAUGGUCUGCGGGCCGACUUUGGGGUGACCGGAAGUGAGGCCGGGGAGCCCCAAGAGUUAGCCCAGGAGCGGACCGGCUUGUGGGUGCAACUAGAGCUGCGGCGGCGCGCCAGGGGCCCCCGGGAGGCGGGUCGCUGAGCCCCGAGGAUGCGACAGCCCGAGCAGGAUUGAUCCCUGAGCACUGAAAGGCGUGACUCCUGCAUUGCUGUGCAUACGUGUCCCGUGUUCGUCUCUCCGCAGCCCUGGCCUGGAUGUUCCCUUCUACAGGCCUUGGGAAACUCAGUUGUGUUUUGAUGGCGGCAGCAGCUGCGGGCUGAAUAGCCUGCAUCGGGACUGGACCCCUUUCUGGACUGGAUCUCUUUCCAGCUCCGCCGGGCCAUACUGCUGGAUUGCUGGCGGUAUUUUCCCCCUUGGACUUCUCCACUCUUGACGUGAGAAGAAGAUGCCACUACCAUUCGGAUUGAAACUAAAACGCACCCGGCGCUACACCGUGUCCAGCAAGAGCUGCCUGGUUGCCCGCAUCCAGCUGCUGAAUAAUGAGUUUGUGGAGUUUACACUGUCAGUGGAGAGCACUGGCCAGGAGAGCCUGGAGGCCGUAGCCCAAAGACUGGAGCUGCGGGAGAUCACUUACUUCAGCCUCUGGUACUACAAUAAGCAAAAUCAGCGCCGAUGGGUAGACUUGGAAAAGCCUCUAAAGAAGCAGCUGGACAAGCAUGCACUAGAGCCUACGGUCUAUUUUGGUGUAGUGUUUUAUGUGCCUUCCGUGUCACAGCUGCAGCAGGAGAUUACCAGGUAUCAGUAUUAUUUACAGCUGAAGAAAGAUAUCUUGGAAGGAAACAUUCCUUGUACAUUGGAACAUGCAAUUCACCUUGCAGGCUUGGCUGUUCAAGCUGAUUUUGGUGACUUUGACCAGUAUGACUCCCAAGACUUCCUUCAGAAAUUUGCCUUGUUUCCUGUGGGGUGGUUGCAAGAUGAAAAAGUAUUGGAAGAAGCAACUCAGAAAGUGGCCUUACUACACCAGAAAUACAGAGGGCUCACGGCUCCUGAUGCCGAAAUGCUGUACAUGCAGGAAGUGGAGCGGAUGGAAGGCUACGGGGAAGAGAGCUACCCAGUAAAGGACAGCCAAGGCAAUGAUAUAUCUGUUGGUGCCUGCCUUGAAGGAAUCUUUGUGAAGCACAAGAAUGGAAAGCCUCCUGUGAUAUUUAGGUGGCAUGAUAUUGCCAACAUGUCCCAUAACAAGUCCUUCUUUGCACUAGAGCUGGCAAGUAAAGAGGAGACCAUCCAGUUCCAGACUGAAGACAUGGAAACGGCCAAGUACGUGUGGAGGCUGUGUGUAGCACGGCACAAGUUUUACAGACUGAAUCAGUGCAGCCUGCAAACUCAGACCGUCACACUGAACCUCAUUAGGCGGAGAUCAUCUUCCAGGAUGUCUCUGCCUAAACCCCAGUCCUACGUGAUGCCUGGUCCACCCCAGCUGCAUUAUAAUGGCCAUUAUACAGAACCAUACACGUCUUCCCAAGACAACCUCUUCGUGGCCAACCAGAACGGCUACUACUGUCACUCGCAGACCAGCCUGGACCGAGCCCACCAGAUGGACCUGAGCGGCCGCCUCCGCAACGGCAGCGUCUACAGCGCGCACAGCACCAACUCGCUCAACAACCCGCAGCCCUACCCGCAGCCGUCGCCUAUGUCGUCCAACCCCAGCAUCACGGGCAGCAGCGACGUGAUGCGGCCCGACUACGUGCCAUCGCACCGGCACAGCGCCCUCAUCCCGCCGUCUUACAGGCCCACACCCGACUACGAGACGGUGAUGAAGCAGCUGCACCGUGGUGGGGGCCCCGCCAUGGCCACCGAGCGCCAUAGCCACUCCCUGCGGAACCUCAACAUCGGCAACUCCUAUGCCUACAGCCGGCCGGACGCUGCACUCGUCUACAGCCAGCCGGAGAUCCGAGAGCAUGCCCACCUGGCCUCGCCACCUUCGGCCCAUUACCCAUUCACGCUCAACUACAGCUUCCACAGCCAGUCCCCGUACCCCUACCCGGCCGAGCGGAGGCCUGUGGUGGGUGCUGUCAGCGUGCCCGAGCUCACCAAUGUGCAGCUGCAGGCCCAGGACUAUCCCGGCCCACCCAACAUCAUGAAGACGCAGGUGUACAGGCCGCCGCCUCCCUACCCGUACCCACGGCCAGCUAACAGCACCCCGGACCUGUCCCGGCACCUGUAUAUCAGCAGCAGCAACCCUGACCUCAUCACCCGGCGGGUGCACCACUCGGUGCAGACCUUCCAGGAGGCCAGCCUGCCCGUGGCACACUCGCUGCAAGAGGUGAGCGAGCCCCUGACCGCUGCCCGCCACGCGCACCUGCAGAAGCGCAACAGCAUUGAGAUUGCGGGGCUCACUCACGGCUUUGAGGGGCUGCGACUCAAGGAGCGGACCAUGUCGGCCUCGGCCGCUGACGUCGCCCCACGGGUGUCCACUGCGGGUUCCCAGUCCUGCGUGGCACCCGCUGCCACUACUCCUACCAGCACCGAGGAGAGGACGGAGGAGGAUGAGGGCCUGCGCUAUGGCCACAAGAAAUCCCUCUCUGAUGCCACUAUGCUGAUCCAUAGCAGUGAGGAGGAGGAGGACUUCGAGGAGGACAACCGGCCCCAGGUGUCCCCAGUGUCCCCACUGAGCCCUUACUCGCCAGACUUGCAGUCCAGCUAUCCUGCAGCCGGUGCCGCCGCCGCCGCCGCUGCUGCUGCAGGCCCUUUGCACAUCCUGGAGCCCAAGUGCCAUGUCCCUGAACCUGAGAAGCGGAGCAGCUCCGGGACCCUGGCUGGGGAGGCACUCCGGCCCCGGUGGGAAGGGAUGCUGACACCUUCCAUGUCCGAGUCGGACCUCACCACGUCCGGCAGGUACCGCGCCCGGAGGGACUCAUUGAAGAAGAGACCGGUGUCCGAUCUUCUCUCUGGGAAGAAGAAUGUGGUGGAAGGGCUCCCGCCGCUGGGGGGAAUGAAAAAGAGAGAUGCCAAAAAAAUCGGUCCUCUCAGAUUGGCUGCUCUGAAUGGACUCUCCCUCUCCCGUCUGCCUCUGCCGGAUGAAGGAAAGGAGGUGCCCGCUCGAGCCACCAACGAUGAACGGUGUAAAAUCCUGGAGCAGCGGUUAGAACAGGGGAUGGUAUUCACGGAAUAUGAAAGGAUUCUUAAAAAGCGUCUGAUUGAUGGGGAGUGCUCGACAGCACGCCUCCCUGAAAAUGCGGAAAGAAAUCGAUUCCAAGACGUUCUUCCCUACGACGAUGCCAGAGUAGAGCUGGUUCCGACGAAAGAAAAUAAUACCGGUUACAUCAACGCAUCCCAUAUUAAGGUCUCUGUCAGUGGGAUUGAAUGGGAUUACAUUGCUACCCAGGGCCCGCUGCAGAAUACCUGCCAGGACUUUUGGCAGAUGGUGUGGGAGCAGGGAAUUGCGAUUAUAGCCAUGGUGACAGCAGAGGAGGAGGGUGGAAGGGAGAAGAGCUUUAGGUACUGGCCUCGACUUGGUUCUCGGCACAACACCGUGACCUAUGGAAGGUUCAAGAUCACUACACGAUUCCGCACUGACUCUGGCUGCUACGCUACUACGGGCUUGAAGAUGAAGCAUCUUCUCACGGGGCAGGAACGGACUGUGUGGCAUCUCCAAUACACAGAUUGGCCUGAGCAUGGCUGUCCAGAGGACCUCAAGGGCUUUUUGUCAUACCUGGAAGAGAUCCAGUCCGUCCGCCGACACACCAACAAUUCGAGUGAGCCCCAAGGCCCCAACCCACCACUGCUGGUGCACUGCAGUGCGGGCGUGGGCCGGACGGGUGUGGUCAUCCUGUCCGAGAUCAUGAUCGCCUGCCUGGAACACAAUGAGGUACUGGACAUCCCGAGGGUGCUGGACAUGCUGCGGCAGCAGAGGAUGCUGAUGGUGCAGACCCUGUGCCAAUACACCUUCGUCUACCAAGUCCUCAUUCAGUUCCUGAAAAGCUCCAGGCUCAUCUGAGCUCCUUCGGGGAACCAAGUGAUUGCCUGACUCUUGGUUUUCUCCUCCACCCUCAUUCGCUACACGUCUAACCUCUGGGGCACCAGUGACACUGAGCAGAAGGCUGGAGGGGUGGGAGGGCACCAAUUUGGCAAGAGAACGGGGUUCUCCCGCCCGGUUCUUGUUUGUGGGGUUUGCAGUACUUGCACACACUUCCGGAGAUUGUGUUUUCUAGACAAUUCUCUGUUUUUACCAAGGCUAUGCUGAGCAAUGCUGGCGCAUAUUUUAAAACUAGUUUUUGAUAAUGGAAUUUUAUUUUAUGACUAAACUAUUUGGGGGUUUUAUGGAGAAACUGUACUUUUGGGUGGGCCGAGCCUCAGAUGAGUGGCUCCUUUUAUAACUUUGUAUUUAAUACCUUGUAACUAUAUUUUGUUGCUUGUAAACCACCACCACCACCACCACCACCUUAGGUUCUUAACAGUUUACUUACGAAACCCCAAACGCUAAGAAGAAAUCUGAAAGUGUUAUUUUAAAACGAAGAAAACCUUUUUUUAUAUGCAGAAAAAUUUUUUU